ACGUAAUAGUUGACAUAAACAAGCAUCGUUCUUAUAUCGUUCUACGACUUGCACGCAGUGCUUGCACGGCUUUCGGUAGUUUGCUAUUACUGUUUUUUAUUUAACAAAAAUUAAUGGAUUCUUCUGAAGAAGAAGCCGAUUAUGAUAUUGUCGUCAAUAACAAUGAGGUACAACCUUACAUGUUUGAGCCUUUAGCCAACGCGGAAGGUGGUCAUAGUAAUGACAAUUCUUCGUCAUCGGAAAGCGAAGAUGAAUACAUUCACAGAAUUGGAAAUGUUGAAUGGUGCGAGUGUGGCUUUUGUGUGGUCAUGAGUACAGGACGGGAAAGUAUAUGUUGCCAAGAGGUAAACAACACUGAUCCUCUGAUACAUGGCGAUCAUAUUUGCAUCACACAAGAGGAAGAGUUUGCCACAGUGUGUACAAACGAAGCUGUCGUAAAAACAGCUAUGGUCGUGUACACCCAUGACAUUGGACCUAUGCCUGAGAGUGAAGAAAACGAAGCAUUACGCUACACGGCGUACCGACAGUGGACGGCUUGGGUGCAUGGCAGGUUGGGAAAAAAGUACCGACUACCCAUACCUUCUUGUGCUGUGGACAAAAUCCGGAAAGCAUUUCCUUCGCCUUCUGGAGAAUACAAAGGAUUUGAAUAUGCUCAACACUACUGAAUGACAUCAAGAGCUUUGGACAGUGUUGGAUUAAUGCGUCUGCAGUACAAAACUUCUUUCAUCAAGUCCUUAACAUAUCCUGAAAAGCAAAUCAUUAUUUAUGUUGGCUUUGCAUUGCACUUUGAGAAAAA